GUAAUGCCAGAUACGGAAAAUUUUGGUAGUUUUUAUAUGACUCCUGAAAGUUCUAAUGGCAAAAAUUUUUCCGAGGAUCAAGUAAUGGAAUCUGGAAACGUGGAAAUUGUUACUAUUCCUUAUAGCUAUGUUCAAAAAAUUCCAUCUCCAUCAUCAACAGUUUCUUCGCAUGAUUCCGAUAGAUAUGAAGAAGUAGACUUACUUCCUGUCAAACAAAACAGGCCAAAAGACACAAAAAAACAAAUAAACAAUAUGAUUAAAAAAUACUUAGCUAAACUCAUAGUAGAAAAAUACGGCCUAAGCAAACGAAAUAACAACACAAAUAAAAACAACAGGAAAUACGAAAACAAUAUCCUCUCGAGCAAUCUGACCAACAACAACCUCAAAACCGAUCCAGAAUCUAAAUUUCUUUACACCAACGUCUUGUGGGACCUCAAAAACAAGACAAUAUCGAAACUCAAACAAUUUUUUAAUAUUUUUACUGUCGUGAAAUUCAAUAAUACCGAAUGCAACGCGACAAAUUGGGCAGGAACUUGGCAAGGAGUUUGUUUGACUUCCGCGGAAUGCACUCAGUGGAACGGUACCGCUUUGGGCACGUGUGCAAGCGGAUAUGGAGUUUGUUGCGUUUUUAGAGGCACUUGUGGAGACUCGUCAAGCAUGAAUUGUUCUUAUUUUAAAAGUCCAAAUUAUCCAGAUUAUUAUCCUUCGAAUGGGGGAGUUAUUACUCCGACAACUACUGUGGGACCUACUAUUUUUCCUACACCUGAUCCAAGGCUAUACUGGUACUAUAACAAUAAAGGCUCUGGAGACGAGAGUUCAGACAAUUCAAUGAUGAGCAGACAAAGUGGGUCUGACACAAUGUCUUGUACAUUUAGCGUUUUCAAAAGUAAUUCCAAUGUGCGGCAGUUUAGAAUUGAUUUUAUUGAUUUAGAUCUGGCCAGCCCUACUAAUGGAACGUGUACUAAUGAAAGACUCGUCAUUACUGGCCAAAAUACUAAUGAUAGGAUACCGGUCAUAUGUGGUUAUAAUACUGGACAACACGUGUAUGUAGACGUUUCUCAGCUCUCAGGCCCUCUCAAACUUAUGAUCCUCAGCACAACGGGUGCAAGAAAAAGAUUUAAACUAAGAAUUUGUCAAUACACAGACGCUUGCACUAGUUCCCAAAGCAAUUGCCUGCAAUAUUACACAGGAGUGAGUGGAGUCAUUCAAAGUUUCAACUACGACCAAGCAUCAAUGUUCAAUCGUAGUACUCCAGGGUACUUUAAUAAUUUGAACUACGCUAUUUGCAUUCGAAGAGAAGCAGGAUAUUGUUCUAUAACUUAUACAAACGUACGAAACAGUCAGACAAAUCCAUUUCAAUUGGUGAACGUUUUGCCAAAUGGUCAGUCAACAGUACCAUCCGGUCAGGCCGGUGUGGAUGUACUCAAUUGUCCGGAUGAUUAUAUUAUAAUUGACGGUACCCGACUGUGCGGCGAUCGGUUUAAUGAUGGUUCUACUAGUACGAAUUUUAGUUUAAAUGCUGCAGUAACAGAUACAAGCACUGGGCCUAUAGUGAUUAAUAUUAGGACCAAUAGCAACGUAACCGGAUUAGGGUUUAAGCUGUAUUACAUGCAGAAUGCGUGUACUUAAAUAAGUAUUGGAAGCCAUUAUUUAUUGUAUUUAUUUAUUGAAUUUGUAUUUUUAGUAUUAAAGGCUUAUUUUGAAAUAACUAUGCCC